GUGAAAAAAAAAUUUCCAGUUUUUUGUUAAUCUAAAUAUGGCGUAUUUAUUUGAACGUAUAAAAUGUUCACUUACUAUAUGUAAUGUAUUUGGAGCAGGUUUUAAAUAUUAUGACACCAAAAAAGCAUUAUUCGAGUACUGGUCACUUUAUAUUAUUAACGUUUUUUUAAAUAUUUUUAUCUACCAUCGAGGCAUGAUUCGUAUGACUACACUUUUAGUUCAUGUACUUGAUAUGAUGUCAAUACUCAACGUCAUUUGUUUUCAUAUAAGGAUAUUAACUCCAUUAGUAAUGGUUUGUUCUAAGUUGUUUGCUGAUAAUGAAGUUUUAGUUAGUACCAUACGAUCAAUUGAUGACUUAAUACCAUCUUUGGAAAAUACUUCAUUGUUUUCUUACGCUUGGUACUUUUACGGUUGGAUAAUACUACAUAUUAUAACAGAGGAAUUACGAUUAUUAAUAUUGUGGUUAGCUAUAAAAUUUCAAUUUAUCAAUGGUUUUGAUGUUCUACAAACUACCUAUUUCGAUAUUGUAGUAUGUCUGCCAAUUGUGCAGUAUAAUAUGUUAAUGCUACUUAUUGGUCGUGCUAUUAAGGAAAUCAACAAUGAUAUCACAUCGAUAAGAAAAUGGAAAUUAUAUCGAGCCAAAUGGAAAGAGCUUAAGAAUAGAGCUCAACAAAUAACACAUUCUGUGUUCGAUAUUUCAAUUGUCAUGUUUGUAGCUUUUUCAAUGUGUGAGAUAAUUUGCUUUGGCUACUCUAUUCCUUAUUUUUCCAAAGUAAAUAAAAUCAAUCUUAUAAUUUGUUUUGUCAUUACCUGUAUACGAUUGGGAUUUUGCAUAGAACUUUUUCGGGUUGUUCAUAUAUGUAAAAUAGAGAUUAAUAGAACUCAAACUAUACUCAAUGAUAUGAAGACUAAUUCUUUGUUGGAUUUAAAAGAAGUGCAAUUUUCUUCUUUAUACAUGUUGCACGCAAGAUUUCAUUUAGUUCCAUGUGGUGUUUUUGAAUUAUCUUUUAGGACUUUGUUGGCAAUAUUUAGUAUGACGAUUGCUUUUCUGGCUUUUCAAAUUCAAAUCAAGAUUGGAUAGCUUCAAUUUUGCUGAAAAAUAUAUUAUUUGAACAAACG